GCCCAGAAGAAAGCCGAUGAAUCCCAAGCUCUCUUGCGUAUUCCAGAAGAGGCUGUGGCCUCCAUUUUUCAAGUUCUCACAGGUCUGACCAACAAGGACUUGGCUGUUUCCAGUGAGGCCAAAGUUAGCCUCCGGAGAUUGGUUUACUCUCUUCUGUCUCUGCCGCAUCGUGAGGAUCUUGCAUGGCGUUUUCAUCUGCUGGCGAGCGCUAUCCUGUUGAUGCUUCAACCACCAGACCCGCAGCUGAAGAGGCUGAUGGAGCGGCUCCCUGCCCCAGAGGCGGCGCUCGCCCCCGGAGGAGAUGGGAAAGACUUGGGGCCACUCCUGACAGAUUUGUUGCGGGAGCAGCUCUUCCCCGGCCACGGGGGAUCCGCCGGCAGAAGCCUAGAGAAGAAGCG